AUGAAUGCAUUUGGUCAGUUUUCGAACCAAGAUGGAAACAAUCCAUUUGGUAAAAGUAGUCAAAACAAUCCGUUUCAGCAGUAUGGAAAUCAGCAAAGCAGUUAUAUGAGAGGAAACACUUAUGAUUAUCAAACCUCACCCCCACAUAGAGGUUACAACAAUGAGCUAUCGGUUAAUCCUUAUAUGUAUAAUUAUCAUAGUUCGGAAUAUGAAUUGAAGUGUCCUCAACAUUGGGAACAAUAUCAACAGUCCUGUUAUAGAUUUAUUAAAUCUCCUAUGAGAGCAAGAGAGGAUGCGAAAAAAAAUUGUGAAGCAUACCAUAGUGAUUUAGUCAGUGUCAAUAGUUUGGAAGAACAUGGAUUUUUAAUUUAUCAAUUACUGUGGAGGGAUCCUCAGCACAGAAAAUGGUAUACUAGCAUAAGGCAACACAACCCUGGAAAUUGGGUAAAUGAUGGUGAUGGCUCACCAUUACUUAACAUGGAAAAUGCAUUUUUACCGUCUCAAGAUAACAAUUAUGGAUCUGAUUAUUUAGUUUACAGUUAUUCGCACAACUUAAAAAGAUGGGGUUUCAAAGCUGUUAAAGGUGACGAGCAAUUUUUAUACAUUUGUGAAGCUCAUAUUGGAAAACUUCAUUACAUGUCUGUCGAUGAAAGAACACAUGAAUAUGGUAUUAAUGUAAAUGAUCCGAAUAAAAUUCCAAUGGGGCCUUAUUUCAUAAUGCAACCUCAAGAUGUUGUUUUCGAUGUUUCAAAUGUUAAAGUGACAAAUGAUGUCACAUUAAGGUGUUUAGCUGGUGGUUACCCAUCACCAACUUAUGAAUGGUUCAAGGAAGAAUAUGAAAAUGAUGUAUUGACUUCGGUUUUAAUUAAUCCAUUAGUCGAUAAAAGAUAUACUAUUAGUGGUGGUAAUUUGAUAAUAUAUGAUCCGAAACAAAUUGAAGACAGAGGGUCAUAUCAUUGUAAAGCCACCAACAAAUUCGGUUCCAUAUUAUCAGAGAGUAUUAAAUUGUCGUUUGGUUAUAUUAAUGAAUUUAAUUUACAAAGAGCUCCCGAAUCCGGAAAUCAAAAUUGGGGUAAAACUAUUUAUUGCGAUCCACCGCCUCAUUUUCCAGACAUCAAUUAUAAAUGGACUCGAGACUAUUUCCCAAAUUUCGUUGAAGAGGAUAGAAGAGUUUUCGUAUCAUUUGAUGGGGCUUUAUAUUUUUCUGCACUUCAGGAAAUCGACAGAGGAAGUUAUUCGUGCACUGCUCAAAGUAAAGUUUCGUCUAUCGGUCGUACCGGUCCUUUCUUUCACUUGAACGUCGUAACUAAUCCGAAUUAUCAGCAAUUGAAAUUCCCAAAUAAUUUCCCGAAAGUAUUUCCGGAAGCUCCUUUGGCUGGAAAAGAUGUUCGCUUAGAGUGCAUCGCCUUCGGAUACCCGGUACCAACUUAUAAUUGGACAAGAAGAGGAGCUCCAAUGCCUCGAGGAUCAGUAUUUACUAACUUUAACAGAGUUUUAAUUUUACCUCAAGCUUCUGUCGAAGACCAGGGCGAAUAUGUUUGUCGUGCUUUUAAUGAUCGUGCCUCAAUUGAAAACGGAGUAUUUGUUUCCAUUCAAGCAGAACCCAAUUUCACGAUUCCUUUGGCUGAUAAACAUUUAGACUAUCAAGAAGAUUUGACAUGGACUUGCGAAGCUUUCGGAAUACCCGAUGUUAAUUACACGUGGUUUCGCAACGGUUUACCUUUGAAUCCUUUCAAUUUACCACCUCAAGAUAGAGAUCGUUAUUUUGUACAAGACAAUAUAUUACAAAUAAAAAGACUUAAUCCAUUGAGUGACGCUGGAAUGUAUCAGUGUAGAGCGAGUAAUCAGUUGAAGACGAAAUAUUCUUCUGCUCAAUUAAGAGUUCUUUCAUUUAAACCUUCUUUUGAAAAGAAACCAUUAGAAGCGGAAACUUAUGCUGCCGAAGGAGGAAAUGUAACAAUCGUGUGCAAUCCUGAAGCAGCUCCGAGACCGAAAUUCGUAUGGAAAAAAAAUAAUGAUAUUUUAGGUUCGGGUGGUCGAAGAAAAAUAUUAGAAAAUGGAAAUUUAAUUAUAAGUCCCGUGUCCAGGGAUGACGAGGGACUUUACACGUGUACCGCGUCCAAUAAUUACGGAGUUGAUGAAAGUCGUGGAUUAUUAAUCGUGCUACGUGCUCCGAAAAUGACAUCAACUUUUCCACCUCAAAUCAUAACUUCCGUUAUGGAAAAUUUUACGUUAAAUUGCGAGGCGAAUACGGACGAACUUUUAGAUACGGCUUACAUCUGGACACAUAACGGUAUAAGGAUCAAAGAACGAGAUUCUAGUAAUUUGCGUUUAAUUCCCGACGGUGGCAUUUUACACGUGAUAAAUACGACUUUGGCUGAAGCUGGGGAAUACGAAUGCAUCGUGAAAAGUGCAGUCGGUAGAAUUUCCACUAAAACCAAUGUUAUUGUUCAUGGGCCUCCUGGACCACCGGGUGGAGUGCAGGUUGUCAGUAUUAGCACCACAUCGGCAACCAUUCAAUGGACUGACGGAGCUUCCAACGGGCGUCCGAUUCUCUAUUACAACGUGGCUGCUAGAACGAAUUGGAAUUCAACGUGGCAAAAUGUCACUAAAUUGAUAACUGCGCGGGAAGUGGAUCGUUAUAAUAACAGAAAAGAAGCCAUUUUGGAAAAUGUACUUUCUCCAUGGUCUAUUUAUGAAUUUAGAGUUUUGGCCGUCAAUCAAAUCGGACCCGGAUAUCCGUCGUUACCAUCUCCGCAAUACUCUACACCUCCCGACAGCCCGAAUAAACCGCCAUCUAAUAUUGGAGGAGGAGGUGGUAAAAUUGGAGAUUUGUCCAUUACUUGGACGCCAUUACCUCCUCAAGAUCAAAACGGACCUGGAAUUUAUUAUAAAAUAUUUUGGAGAAGAAACGGAACAAACAGAGAAUUUGAAUUUAAAGAACUCAAAGAAUUCGGUAACGUCGGUGCCGCCGUGGUUAGAGUUAACAGCGAAUAUUAUUUUACAGAAUACGAAGUCAAAGUUCAAGCCAUCAACGAUAUCGGAAAGGGACCGGAAAGUGCGGUUCACGUUAUCUACAGCGCAGAGGAAAUGCCUUUGGCUGCACCGCAACAAGUCUCGGCGAGGUCAUUUAACUCGACUUCGUUAAACGUAACAUGGACUCCGAUUCCGAUGCGUCGGGACAUUGUCAGAGGAAAACUCAUAGGUCACAGGCUUAAAUAUUGGAAAACGUCGCAACAAGAAUUCGAAGCCGUUUACUACUUAAGUAGAACUCUUCGUCCUUGGGCUUUAAUUGUUGGAUUGCAGCCAGACACUUAUUACAAUGUUAAAGUUAUGGCAUAUAAUAACGCCGGAGAAGGUCCAGAAAGUGAAAAAUUCAUAGAGAGAACGUUCAGAAAGGCUCCUCAGAAACCGCCCUCCUCUGUUCACGUCAUGGGUAUUAAUCCGUCAACGAUUAAAGUCGUUUGGAGAUACGUGUCACCGAGCCACGACGAAGAACCACUUAUAGGAUAUAAGGUUCGAAUAUGGGAAGUCGAUCAGGACAUGGCGAGUGCAAACGAUACGAUAGUUCCGGUCGGUUCAACACUCGAAGCAUACAUAAACACUUUGACGCCGGGAAAACAAUAUCAUUUGAGAGUUUUGGCUUUUUCAAACGGUGGCGACGGAAGAAUGUCUUCUCCCGCUCACACUUUUCAAAUGGGACCGACUCUAGCUCAGACGAGUAGUCAAACGAAAGCGAUUUACAGUUCCGUCACCGUUUUCGUAUUGACUUUUAUUAUGAUUUAUUUAAGCACGGCGUGA